AUGGUCGAGGAAUACAUUGAAUUGAGAAAUGGAGCCAAAAUGCCCCGAGUCGGCCUUGGUACCUGGCAAGCGCCUCCAGAUCUUACCAAGGCGGCGAUAAAAUGCGCGGUAAAAUCUGGCUACAGGUUGUUGGACACUGCGAAUGAUUAUUCAAACGAGCAUGUGAUUGGGGAAGCACUCGAAGAGCUGUUUUCCGAGGGCGUCGUCAAGCGCGAAGAACUCUUCAUCCAGUGCAAGCUCUGGAACACCAACCAUCGACCUGAACACGUCAAGCAAGAUCUUCUUGACACUCUUCACGACCUCAAGCUUGACUACGUCGACUCGUUCGUGAUCCACUGGCCUCAAGCGGUCCCUAGCAAUGGAAAAUACUGCGCCAAACGAUCUGAUGGCUGUUCUUUGGCUCACGAAUCGAAAAAGACAAUGUUCCCUGUCGACGAUGAUGGCUACUGGUGUACUGAUAAAGAGUCGCACUACGUGGACACAUGGGCGGUGAUGGAAACUCUCGUCGACGAAGGAUUGACUAGAUCGAUCGGCCUUUCUAACUUUAACCGUCGCCAGGUGGAAGAGAUCCUCAGCGUCACGAAAAAACACUUCCCCUGUGUCCUCCAAAACGAGAGCCAUCCUUAUCUCCACGAGCUCGACCUGCGCAACUUUUGCCGCAUCAACAGGAUCGCCUUUCAAGCGUACUCCGCCUUAGGAAGUGCUAAUCGACCUUGGCGAAACUUCGGGAGCAUCACUUCUGGCGCUCCAAAAACUGGUCACGAAAUUCUCGAGCACCCUGACAUUUUGAAAAUCGCUCAGAAAUAUGGAAAAUCCACUGCCAAUGUUGUCAUGCGAUGGCAUCUACAAAUCGGAGGAACUCUUGUUGCAAAGUCAACUAAUCCUGGAAGAAUUGAAGCAAACUACAAAGUGUGGGAUUUCGAACUAACUCAGGAUGAGAUGAGCGUAUUCGAAGAGCUCAAUGUCGGCUGGCGACAUUUAAUUUGGCCCGAGACGUCCAAUCAUCCCGACUUUCCCUUCAAAGAUGAUCUCCCCACGAUUACGUCCUGCAGAAGCCUGAUCCGAGACUUUUCCAAAGAAGUUAAAUAUUUAUAA